CUACUUGUGUUUACAGGUGUGUAACUUGAACAAUUUUUCUUUUUCUGGAAAAUCAGACUGUAGAUGUUAGGCCCGAGAAUUGUGAAUUGUUUGGCAUGUUUGAACUAGUAUAGGGUGAGGGAUGUUGUAGAUGUGAUUUACUGGUGCAUGUUAAUUGCUCGCCUGUUUGAAUGAUUCUUGCUUGAAAUGUCGUUGUUUUGCAUGCAACUCAACUACCUUGUGCUUAACUGCUUACCCUAUGUGGUCCUUAAGUGUGGGUGAACUUUUGCACCCCUGCUGCAGUCCUAACAAGUAUUUUCUUGGUUCCACCUUUGGAGUUGUUCAUUUUGAACGAUCAUGUAUCUCGACCACCCCUAUGUACAAGGCCUGCGCCUCCACCCCGACUACGCGGACCAGUUCAGACGGGUCCUUAACGGGGUGUUUCACUGGCACCACCACCUUGUGUGGGGAGUUAUCUACCAGCUUCAUUGUCUGGAUGAGAUCGCCGCCACCAUCAGCCACCCACACUGGCAAGUUCUCCUGUGCACGCACGAUUCCACCUGCACGGAGCUGGUGUGGGAGUUCUACUCCACUUUUCAGUAUCGCCCCAAGGCGUCCCGAGAGUCCCAAGGAGCUAGUGUGUUAUUUUGUCAUAUUUCAUGUCCUAGUUAGUAAAGGGAGGCAUAGGCGCAAGUUUCGGUUCAAUCGAAGGUCGUUUGGUCACUCAAAAGUCUCUCAAAAGUGGAGCUGAGAAGGAAAUACGGGCAGACUCCCUAAAAAUACGAUCAUAAUUCACAAAUUACCGCCUGUAUUCCCUAAAUUAAGAACGUGGUUCACAAAUUACUGCCAGUAUUUUUUAUGUCGAGCCUUGUGAUGGCUCGGGUACAAAAUACGGUCAGUAUUCCCAAAAAUACGGUCAUAUUUUCAGUGUCUAGCCCGUAAUUUCACUACCGAGAGGAGCCUUGGAUGCGCUGAGACUUAACCAAAACGCGCGUUUUUGACAAAAUACGGGCAGGGAAGAAUUACGACCAUAUUUCUGCCUGUAUUUCACCCAGAAUCAGGUUUUUAGAGGCAGAUUCGAGCCAAAGGAAGGGGUCGACAUUUUGGAGCAAAAACAGAGUUUUAGAGAGAGAAAGUGCGAAUAACAAACCCUAGGAGCUAUUUGGAGUGGAUUUCUCACCAUUGAAGCCCAGAUUGCAUCCCCAGGAGUGAAGAUUGACAUCCCAGAGCAGAUUCUUCCCAUUGUUAUGAGUAUGACUGCUUUGUAUUCUGUUUUCCUCUCUCUCUCUGUGGAGUAGAACUUUCUCUCACUUGGGUAUGAAGAACCCUAGUUCCAUGUGUUAGGGAUCUUGAUUGUAAUGACGUUUGGAUUGAUAUACUGCUUGGUUAUAAUCGAUUGAUGCAUGUUUUAUUGUGUCAAUUAAAGCCUGAUAACCUUCUUGAUUUCUACUUCAACCUAAGAUAGAUAGAAUCUGAUUAGGUUGUUAGAGUUUCCUCAAUCGGUAGUAGUGAAUUGGUUAUACGAGAGUUAGUCGAUUCACUGCUUCGUACUGGAAUCCCAUUCCAGUAGUGGAGUUCUGUGUUAACUGCCUCAGCGUUCUAUCUCGGUGAAGACUAGUCGUAUGUCGGGUAGCCUGUCUGAGAGGGCUUGGUCAGCUUAAGAGUUUCCAAGCUACUGUCGGAUCUUCCGCAGUUUAAUCAAUAGUAAAUCAACGAAAGGUAAUUACAACAUUGACCUAACUAAGGAGCUAGAGGGACUCAUUCCCGAGUGACUCUUCCCCUGCUUAAGAACUUCGAACCAUUUCCUGCUUUCUUACUGCUUUUGCUUGAAAUCACAUUCACUCAACUUAGUCUGCUAGAUAAUAGAUAAUUACGGAGUAGGCAGUAGAUCUUGACCCCGGUUGAUAAAUUGAACUUGCCACUAUUCUGCAUUUCUGGACUGCGAUUACACUUGGUCGCAGUUUGGUGUUGUGUUUUAGCGUGUCACCUGCUCAGUAUGCUUUGAAUUGACAAUCUUUAUAGUAAUAUGCAACCUAGAGAGGUAGUGUAGCACUAUGGAGGAUGUUGAUGCAUGUAAGAAGUCUCCUUUCUUCUUCAUAUUGUGUUGGUUGAUUGUGUGAAUCAGUGAUCUUAUGACCCUUGAAUUGUGUGACAUUGGGAACUCUCUACCAGUCAUGGACUCUUAUAUCAUGUUUUAAAAAGAAAGGUGCUCUAAAAUGUGCUUUCAAAUAACAUCUCCCGUGUGAAAAGGGCAAAAGUGUGUAAGGGAGGACGGGAAUUCGUUCCCAAUUGCCACCUACUACCUCCAGUCCCCUUACACUUCUUUCCCCACACGAGGCUCGAGACAUCUGCUCCUGGCAUGGCCAGGAAGAGCCGGGCUCCCUCAAAACCUUCAAUAGUUGGGAGUCCUGUUUUCUGAAAUAACAGGUUGGGACCCUUAAAAAACAACAAAACAAAGAAAAGAAAAAGAAAAAAAGGGGGGUUCCAACCAUGCUCAAGAAGAAAAUAGAGCACCUUAAGCAUAAGUGAGUCCAUGAUUUUUGUUUUUGAGAAUCCCUCUUUUCCACGAUUCAUUUUUCCUUUGAUCACUAUUUGCCAUGAUGCCGACUCGAGACUAGUGUUCUCGCCGAAGAAGUUAGGAGAUGACUUGUGUGUCGGUUGACCACGUAAGCUGCUAAAUGAUCUAGAAAAUCCUCUACUGAUGAUCGGGGGUGCAUGUUGUUAUAGAGGUCUGGAGAGUUGCAUUGGUUUGAGUUAGGUUUGCUUGGGGACAAGCAAAUGGUUAAGUGUGGAGGAGUUUGAUAGUCCGUCAUUUGCACAUAUAUUGAUCACCAUUCUUGAACCGUUUGAGAGUCUAUUCUCGUGAUUUAGGCCGAUUUCACGCUAGGUUGUUCGUUUAUGUCAUAUUUCAGUAGUUGGCAUGGAUAUGGAGGCAUGGAGACAAGUUUCGGGUCGAAAAGUAGAAAGUUGAGCUAGAGGAGCUGUCAGGCGAAAAAUACCCGGUCAGACAUUGAAAUACCCGACCUGGUAAACAAGAAAGAAGGACCGGGGAAAGACGUUUUGGAGGCCAAUGGAGCAGAAGAGGCCCUGACCAAAAGACUUAAAUGGCCGAUCGGGUAUUUUGAACCUCGAUAGGGUAUUUUUCCUUCCCCACUGCGCUGCGUUUCGAAAUACCCGGUCGGUCACCUGAAAUACCCGACUGGCUAUUAUCUCCGGGUAUCGCGAUCUGCCCCUUUUGAAGGGAAGAAAGCGUCUUUUGAGAAAGGAUCCGAUUUUUAGAGAAAGAAAGUAGAAAACCUAGAGAGAGAGUGUGACGAACAGAACUUCCAAGUGCCCUAAAUCGGUCUCUGACACCAUUGCAGCUUGGUGGAAGCUUGGAGAAGUGUCGAUUGAUUACCAGAAGCAUAUUUUCAUCCUUCACAGAAUGAUUUCCGCAUCUGAACCAGAUUUCUCUUCUCUCUCUAUGUAGUAAACUCUCUUACUCGCUUGGGUAUGAAGAACCCUAGAUUUGUAUGUUAUUUUUGGUUAUAUGAACCCAAGUACAAUUUCUUUGAUACUAAUUAUAUUCAAUUGAUGUAUGAUUUUCUGAAUUGCAUGAAUCCUGAUCAAAUUCCUGUAGUUCCUGCUUUGACCUAGUAAGAGAAUAUCCGCCUAGGUUGAUAGAGCACCCUUGAAUUGAAGGUAGUGAAUUGACGAAUUUAGUCGAGGAGUCUGUUCACUAUUCUGUACUGGAUUUACUCCAGUAGUGGAGGUUUGGUACGUUAGGGCCUCAGUCUGUUUACUCCGGUGGAGGUUAGUCGCCUCUUGGGGAUUCAGAUUGAGAGGGUCUUGAGACCUUUAGUCGAGACUUCAUACUGGCUAAGAACCUUCCGCAGUAUAAUUAUCAUAGAAACUGGACUGGGUGAAUUACAACUUGGCUUAACUGCAGUCUAGGGGGAACCAUAUCUGGGUGACCUCUCUCAAACUUGGAACACAACAUUUACUUUUUUUGUUUGCUAGUUUAGUUGGAACUUCACUAUAGUUGAACCGCUAAAUAAUAAGAAUCUCACGGAGUAGUCAUCACACCUAGGACCCGGGAUGACAUGUUCACUUGCAUCACAUACACAAGUGCUCUCUGAACCGUGCAAUAAGGUCACCCAAAUCUAAGUCUGCUAUACUACCCAUUAGUAGGUAGUUACACUUGGCCACUUUCUAGUGUGAUUGUACAAGCGAGUUAUUCGCCACAUUAUGUAGCAUAAUGAUAUUUAUCACUACCCUAAUCAUGAUUCAACUAUUUUUCAUCUCCAUACCCGAGGGGUAAAAAGAAUCAAAUAAUCACACUAUUGUGUUGAUUCGAUUUGAUAGACUUGGAGUAUACUCAACCUGUGGGGGAGAGGGUCACGUGAGGAAGAAUGAUAGGUAGAAGAGCCAAUCCAUCUAUUUAUCUUAGCUAUCCUUCCUUCCUUCCUUUCUACUUGCCAUCAGUUUCGAGGUGUGGUGUGAAGGAAUGAAACUAAUAAAUAGCAAAAUGCGUU